GGGAAGCCAGCUGCCCAUUGUUCCUACGUGGCACUGCCACGUCUUUCCUGACCUCUCCCUUCCUUGCUUGCAGGAUGAUCGCUCGCCUCGUCUGGGGAUGUCUGCUGGCCGUGACCCUCUUGGCAGGCCCUGCAGCAGCUCAGAGGUGCAGACCCUUGCCCACCGGUGUAAAGGGAAGAAACCUGGCCUGGGGGAAGCUGGCCCAGCAGUCGUCCAUACACCAGCAUGACAUCGUUGGCUCAGCAGACAAAGCCGUGGACGGGAACUGCAACGGGGACUGGUACAACAAAUCCUGCACCCACACCAAGAAGGAGAAAAACCCCUGGUGGUACGUGGACCUGGGAGAGUCUCAUAAAAUCUCCGUGGUGAUAGUGAAAAACCGCGUGGACUGCUGUGGCGAAAGACUGUAUAGAGCUGAGGUCCAUUUAGGAGACUCUCUGAAGGACCACGGCAGGUCCAACCCUCGCUGCGGGACUAUCCUGAACACCAGCCCGGGCUCCAUCACCACCAUCUACUGCAAUGGGCAGCGAGGCCGCUACGUCAGUGUCCACUUACCCAGGGUGGACUACUUGACCGUCUGUGAAGUGGAGGCCUACCGCGCUUAUGAGACUGGGGCAAGCAUUAUGGUUUUCUCUAGCAACUGCAACUGCCCAACCUGUAUUGACUUUGGACAUGUGGAGAAUGCUUGGGGUCCCUGGUCUCAAGCACAAGCUCUGCCCCUUCCCAUUGGCUGGCGGAGCUCUGCGAAGGAGGAGGUACUCCACAUGAGGAAGGAAGUUUUAACCAGUCCUAAAGAGAAAAUAAUUCGAUAUUCUGGAGAAAUCGCCGUUGGAAGAGAAGCAACUUUGAAAGCUCACCUCCGUUGGGUUGGCCAAGUAAGAGACUCCAGGAUGAUGCUCUUCAUUGGGGGGUGUCUGCUGGCCAUGACCCUCUUGGCAGACCCUACAGCAGCUCAGAGUUGCAGGCCUACACCUGGAGGCAUCUGGUCCCCUGCUGCCCAUCCCCCUUCCAGGUCUCCUCCGUUCUCUCCUGCAGACGUCAAGAUGAAGAACCUGGCCCUGGGAAAGCCAGCCUUCCAGUCCUCCAUCCACCCUCAUCAGAUCGUUGGCUCAGCAGAGAAAGCCGUGGAUGGGAAUUGUAACGGGAACUGGUCCAAGGGCUCCUGCAUCCUCACCAAGCACGAGAAACAGCCGUGGUGGUUCGUUGACCUGGGGGACUCUUACAACAUCUUCGGGGUGGUGGUGAAAAACCGUGACGACUGCUGUGCUGAAGGAAUCCACCAAGUCGAGGUCCAUGUGGGAGACUCUUUGGAAAACCACGGAAGGUCCAAUCCUAUCUGUGGGAUUAUCCUGAACACCAGCCCGGGCUCCAUCACCACCAUCUACUGCAAUGGGCAGCGAGGCCGCUACGUCAGUGUCCACCAGCCUAGAGUUAGCAGCUUGGCCGUCUGUGAAGUGGAGGUCUACAGCACUCAGCGUGUGGGAAAGGCCAGGAUGAUGUUCUUCGUCUGGGAGUGUCUGCUGGCUGUGACCUUCUUGGCUGGCCCUGCAGCAGGUCAGAGUUGCAGGCCUCCACCUGGAAACAGAGGGGCAAAGAACUUGGCCUUAGGAAAGCCAGCCUACCAGACUUCCAACUUUCCCUACGAGAGCAUUGGAUCACCGGACAAAGCUGUGGAUGGGGACUGCAACGGGACCUGGAGCCACGCCUCCUGCUCCCACACCAACCUGGAGAGAAACCCCGGGUGGUAUGUGGACCUGGGAGAAUCUCAUAAAAUCUACGCAGUGGUGGUGAGAAACCGCGAGGACUGCUGUGGCGAAAGACUCUUUGAAGCUGAGGUCCACCUAGGAGACUCUCUGGAGAACCAUGGAAGAUCGAACCCACGCUGCGGGAUUAUCCUGAACACCAGCCCAGGCUCCAUCACCACCAUCUACUGCAACGGGCAGCGAGGCCGCUACGUCAGUGUCCACUUACCCAGGGAGGGCUACUUGACCAUCUGUGAAGUGGAGGUCUAUGGCACUCAGUAGAG